UCUGAACGUCUAUCAACCACAAGUAUGGCGGAUGACAAGGUGGGUUCGCUCGAAGACGAGGCACUCAAGAGAAAAGAGCGUCUGCAAGCAUUAAAGAGAAAAAUAACUGACGAAAACAAAGAGCAGGGAACAUCAGAGGGUACGACUCUGCCCAAACCUAAAUUUCGCAGCUACAAACCUCAAGAUGAUAGCUUGAAAGACCAAGUAUUGGACGAAGCUAAGCCCGGAGAUGUUGAGAGCGAAGUGAAGGAUCAACUGAGUGCUGCUAAUUCAAAAGUUGUGAUUGAGGAACUUGAUAUAAGCAGUCUAGCGCCACGGAAACCGGACUGGGAUUUGAAAAGAGAUGUUGCUAAAAAACUUGAAAAGCUUGAAAGACGGACUCAGAAAGCUAUAGCUGAAUUGAUACGUGAGCGUUUGAAGCAGGGUCAAGAAAAUCUUGCGUCUAUAGUCAAUAUGGCACCGAUCAACUCUUCCAAACUAAUUGCAAAGGCUAAACCCAACGAAGAAGAAUAGUAAUAUGGAAUAAGUGAAACUCAUUGACCGAUGCAUUCAGUAAUAGGUACUUAAUUCGUAUUUGAUUGCAUUGGAUCAGCAAAUUGACUUGAAGCAAUUAUAUAUAUAUAUGUUCCGUUUUCAAGUACUUUGACACCUGGUAAACUACUAUGUAGGAUUACAGGUUCUCGUUACAAACCGCGUGUAUAUAACCAUUUUUAAAUCAGUGAGAUAUUAUCUCUAGAUAUUCUAAUUUUAAAUGAGGAGAAAUCUUAAUUUUUUAGAAAUCAUUUUCAUUCCAGAAUGUUCAUUCGUUGAUAUAUACCUAUAAUGAAUAUAAAUUACCUGCAAGUUACAUGAACUAAUGGAAGAUGGUGUGAAAAUAUAUGAAAUAAAUUUACUUAGAAAAGAAAUAGAACAUUAUCUUAUCACCGUAAGUGCAAAAAUCCUUUGUAUUCAUCUUCCAACCGUUUUCAGUGAUAGUGUUACUAUCGAGUGUAAUUUUUGUAAAGAAUAUAAUUAUACUUAACGAAAUAAAUGAGUAAUUUACUCCUGACACCUAUUAAAAUUGUUUUACUUUGUUACCGAUUGCAAAGCAAUUCAUGAAUUUCAACUUUUAGAAUACACUUACAUACAAUUUGUUAUAAGGUUGUAAAAUUGCAACCUCUCGACAAAUUAUAACAGUCUAUAUGACAAUUCUCGCACAGAGCGCAUAGAUUUUUAACAUAUCUGGCUACUUUUACACAUUUAAUAUUAGAGAUAAAUUUCUACGAUUUAGGAUAUUGUAGAAAAAAUAACUUAAUAAUUAGCAGGAUUCGCAACAUUUUCCAUUCAACUAAGUUUCCAGCAUAUAUGGCAUGAGGAGAUUAAUAAAUAUAUAACUAAUAGAUGCUUAAAUAAUGCAUCAGUGACGCUGUUAGCAACUAAAACUACCAUUUUUACUUCUUGGCAUAAACUCGAUAAUACCAACUAUAUUAACGCAACAAAACUGCACUUAUACACAAUGCUUCAAUACUAUUUGUGGAUGGAAAUACGGAUAUAACUAGUAAAAAGUUACAGUAAUAAUUCCAUCUUUUGAGUAACACAUUGGAAAAAGCCAUCUCGUGGUAGAAUAAAAAUUUAAAACUCCAAAAGAAAUGUAUUUCAUUGAACUAGUAGUUCUUGAUAUUAUUCUUAAAUCUGAUAUUGA